UGUUGAUAAGAACAUAAAAUUCGACACGAAAUAUCUGCGUUAUCUAGUGUCACCUCUGGUUCGUUUUUGAAAUAUCACUAUCAGAGGGCGCUCAAUGUCGCGUCGUUCGUUCAUGAUCGCGGGCGCAGGAGCACGAUGAUCCUCCGGGUUGCCGUUUGACAGGAGUUUCAGUCGGUGCCGGUCGGUCCCGAGAACCGUUCACGUCUGGACAUCCUGCGGGACGCAAAAUCUAAGAUGGCAACAGAUAUGUACAUUUGAUAGGACGGUCCAUUCGAUCAGGAAGAAAGCCGAUUCCGGUUUUAACGCGCGAUAAUGAGCGAGUGAAAAUAGAGAGAAGAAAAGGGCGAGAGAGAGAGAGAGAGAGGGUCGCGAUGAACGAAUAAGUACAGGUGCAACAUUAUCAAUCGCGCAUCAUCCGAGAGGAAGGGAGGAGGAAGGUGCGAUAUUACCCUCUUCUCGGCACGCAUAAUCGCCGAGGAAAGACUGGAUCGAGAGUGGCGAACUGCUAGUCGUGCUGUGACGGAAGUUAGGAGCUCUCGACGACAUGCCCUUGACGAAUCGCAACGGAAGAUAAAGGUGGGACCCAAGGAACGAGCAUCUCAUCCUAAAGGGAGCAGCGGGAGAAGAAAAUAUGGGAAAAGGGGACAAGAGGGGCAUCGCGCAGCGGAGUGAUGGUGCCAGCACCAAUCUCGUCGGCAAAUUCACGCAGAGCGUUCGAAGGAUCGUCCAGGACGUGAAGGAUGAAGGCACUUCCAGUGGGCAAACGAAGGAGGAGGUGAUCGAGACGAACGAGAGGCUGAGAGUCGUCAGGAUACGCCUGGACGGCAGCUACGACACCGCCAAGAGAGCCCUCGUCGAACUGAUGUGCAAGUACACCGACAGCAAGCAAGUCCGCAACGUGUUUCAGCGUUACAAUCUCCUCAAAGUUAUGAUCAAGGACGUAAUUAAGCUGGAGACGCAGUAUUGGACGCUGGUGGAUAUACCGAGGCAGGAGAAGCAGGAGACCGUGCCCGCCUUCGUCUUGCGUGCCUGCUCCAUCAUGGAGAAGACCCAUAAGAGCGGGGAAGGCGUGAAAACGUCGGCGCGCCUCGCCGAGGAAGCCGAGACCAAGAGGGAGCGUAUCGAGAGACUGGAGAGUAUGACGACGGCGCAAAUCGAAGCGGAAAACACCCAAAUGACCAAUGAUCUGUACAGAUUAUUGAAGAAAUACACGGGUCUCAGGAAUCUCAUCAAAGAGUUGAAAGAGGAGUACAACAGCUCGAAGGUGUAUCCGAUGUUCCCGCGUUACACGAUACUGAAGGAUAUGAUAAAGGACAUAAUGCACAACCCGGACUACAUGGAGGUCUGUCACGAGGUGGACCAAGCAUAGCGGCCGGACCCCCUCCACCGUUCGCCACGUAUGACCCUGUAAAUUCCUCGGGGUCUCCGCGUGGUCGUCGGUGAAGGGGGUGAACCACAAAGCGCUUCAACUUCAACUGGCGGGAUUUCAGUUCGGGAC